AUGCGCGGGAAGCAGCGCGUGGUGGUUUUCGAUUCCGGCUACACGGGCGAGACUCCAGAGGCCCCAGAGGCUUUUGCGGCGGGCGUGCGAGGCGCCGUGAAUAAGCUGGCGUCGACGACGUCUGGCAAACCUUGGUUGGAGACCAUGGAGCCGUACGCUAGCAGGAAUAGAAGGGCCGCGGACGACAUCAAGGCGGUGGAGGAGCGCUGUCAGCGCCAACUGGAAGAGCUGCGGUCCGCCUUGGAGGGCACCGGUGAGGAGCCGGGGCUCAAGGCGGCCGUCUCGUCCAUCAGGCAGGACGUGGACGCGCUGCGGGAGGCGCUGACCCAGCAGGUGGAGGAGCUCCGCAGCAGCCUGGAGCAGCGCUACGCGCAGGCCGAGCAGCAGGUUCUGGAGGCCAUGCAGCUCAACGGGCGCCUCGCGGAGGCCGCGAGCGAGUCGCACGCGCACGCGCUGCAGGUCAGCUUCCGGGCCGACGCCCAGAAGGCGCUCCUGGAGGAGGCGGCGAGGCCCGUGGGGGGGAUGUCCGAGGAGGAAAGGGCCGCCCUGGAGGCGCGGCUCAGGGCGCUGGAGGCCACGCGCGGCGCGGGGGUGUCGGAGCAGGAGAGGGAGGGGCUCUUCGCCCGCGUGCGGGCGCUGGAGGCGCAGCUCGAGGAGGGCAUCGAGAUGGGGAUGACCCGGACGGGCACGACCACGGACGGGAAGAGAAACCUGGGGGUGCAGGUGCGCCAGGCGGUGCUCGAGAUCAACAUGCUCGACGAGCGCCUCAACGCGCUGGAGGCGGCGGCGGACAGCGACUCCGCCUGGCCCGUGCGGCAGGAGCCGCCCGCGAGGGGGCCCCUCGCCGCCCUGCAGGAGAAGCUCGCCGACCUGGGGACGCCCACGGCCUCGGGCGGCUUCAGCUUCGGCCUGGGCGCCCAGGACGGCGGCGACCUCCUCACGUCGCUGCGGGCGCGCAUCCUGGCCCUCGGCGAGGAGCAGGAGGAGCAGGAGUCCCGCGUGUCGAGGCUCCAGGAGCAGCUGAGCAAUGAAGCUGCAGACCGGCCUGGCGCGGACGAGCGACAGCACCAGGAGGAACCAGGACGUGGAGCGCAGCGUGGAGCUCCUGGAGAAGGAGGCUCGGGCCCGCGGUCAGACGGCUAUCCGAGGCGAGCUUGCCGGUGA